UCCGCACAAGUCAAUGCAGAAAGACACAAUAUGUGGGUGAAGAUCACUCAUCUUACCAACGAAAAGUAUGGGAAUGUUCUUAGCCCACUUGGAGUUGAACAAGCUAAGAAGCUGUUCUCAAACUGCAAACGACGUCGCAGAUUGCGUCCGGAAUCGUUCAGUGACAAUUGGCCUUUGUUGUCUCCUCUAGAGACGUUAUUGUCUUCCAAUGUUGAUAAUCCGGCUGAUGCUACUAACUCUUCCGACGCUGUACCGGCGCUGGAUGGUGUGUUAUCCAACGAUGAACCUCCUCCUGAUCAGCACCUCCAGCAUCUUAUGCGCGGACUCGACCUCAGCGUUGCAAUUAGAGAGCUGCGCCGUCAGCUGGCCGAACGUGAAACCGAAGUGGCUCGUCUUCAACGCAUUAUCGUCGAACAAGCGAAUGGAUACAGAGCUCGUAUCAAUUCUAUUGCCGAAUUUCUGAAAGCUACAGCUGAUAAGAAGGUUGCACAGGACAUUCAUGAUUACUUGGGCCUCGUCUAA